AUCUUAAUCGCUGGCUCAUGCGUCUCAUCAUUCAUUUCUAGUACUCCAAGAGUAGUAUAAAGUGCCACUCCCCUUCUCUUUUUAUUUCCAUAACAAUUUCCAAAUCAUCAUCAUCAUGGCAGAGGAGAAUCAUAACAAGUACGAGGAGACCAACACCACCUUUGAUUCUGAUCAUUCUGAUAUCAAAGACAGAGGUGUUUUUGAUUUUCUAGGUGGUAAGAAAAAGGAUGAAGAUCACAAACAUCAACAAGAGGAUGUGAUCGCCACUGAGUUUGAUCAUAAGGUCACUCUGUCUGAUCAACUGGCAGAGACCAAGAAAGACGAAGAUGAAGUUCAAGUUCAAGUUCCAGUUGAAGGAGAGAAGAAACACAACGUCUUCGACAAGCUUCACCGAUCUGGAAGUUCCUCAAGCUCUUCGAGCGAAGAGGAAGGAGAAGAUGGAGAGAAGAAGAAAAAGAAAAAGAAGGAAAAGAAGAAGGUAGUGGAAGAGGAGGGUUCAGUUGAAGUUGAAAAAGUAGAAGUUGUGGAUGUAACAGCAGCACAACCAACAGAGGAAAAGAAGGGUUUCCUUGAGAAAAUAAAGGACAAGUUACCAGGACACAAGAAAACAGAGGAACCACCUGUUGUUGUUGUAUCAGAGACAACAAGUCAUGAUGAAAGUGAAGAUGCAGUGAAGGAGAAGAAAGGUAUUUUGGAAAAGAUCAAAGAGAAACUUCCUGGUUAUCAUCCUAAGACUACUACUGAACUUGAUGACAAAGAUCAUCACAAGGAUGACACAACAACCUCUCAUUGAGAAUACUCAAUUGUCUUUCUUAUCUUGGAUUGUGUUGUUUUAUGGAUGUGUCUGUUUAUUGGGUAUUUUGCUUUCUUUCAUUAAUUAAUUAAUAUCAUCAAGGACUUCUUGUGCUUGUCUUCAUUUUCUUGAUGAUAUAUUAUUGUGCUUUGCUUGUACUUAAUUUGUCUUUGUGGCUACUUGUUUCAUUACACAAAGGGAAUGUUGUCUCCUUGUAUUCAAAGAUGUUGUGGAAUCAAUAUUGUAUUUUCUUUCUUUUUUAAUUACUCA